UGUUUCCAAACUUGUGAAAAAAAAAAGGAAGAAAAAACAUCCCUUAUCAGCGCAUCGAAAUAGCACGGGCCUUAAGGCUACACAGUUCUGUCAAUCGAGUUGGGAAUUUUCCUAUUCAUCAACUUCUGUAACUUCCAUUACUUUCUGCAUCUCAUCAGCGGUAGAAAAAAAUGGCCGGCGGAGGAGAUCACGCCCAUGGACAUGGUGGGGACUUCAGGACUAAGGUCUGGAGCAUGAGUGGUGGGCCCUACUGUAGGCCCAAGCAUUGGCAGCGCAACACUGCCAUUGCUCUCGCUGGAAUCGUCCUCAUAUGUAUCCCUGUCGCCUUGAAAUCCGCCGAACUCGAGCAACGGCCACAUCAUCCAGUCCGGCCCAUUCCUUCUCAACUCUGGUGCAAGAAUUUUGGAACAAAAGAUUACUGAAGCAACAAUUGUGGUUAGCUGUGGUUGGUCCUAUAUUUGGAUGCUAAAAUUUUGUGCUUCAUGAUACUUUUCAUUUGCACAAGUGUGACAACAUGAUAAAGAUAUUCCAUUGAAUAAGAAACACUUAUACUUGCUCUGUUAUAAUGUCUAAAUCAGGUUAUUUUAGCAACGGUUUCCGUUUCUAAUUUCAUUAUCUUUAAAUCAAGAGAACUUUUCUCAUUAUCAGCACGAAAAGGAGGUGUAGGGGUUGUGCAAGAGUAUAUUCCUCUUUGUAAAGGAAGGAUUUUUCUAACUAAGAGCAGGCUUUCUGAAAGACUGUUCAUGCCUAUCUGUUAAAUA